AGCCUUCGCGUCCGUGUCCCCUGCGCCCCGCCGCUGCCGCCCCAAACUUUGGCCAGCACCUCCCGGGCUCCGCGCCAGGGACGAGCCAGGGCCUCCGGGUCCCAGGCGGAGGCAGCGCGCAGCCGGGCUCACCGGGUCGCGCGCUCUGGCCUGGCGCUGCGAAUGCGAGGUGGGUCAGGGCGCUCACUGCACACCCGUCGUGGCCCGAGAGCCUCGGAUCAAGACCAGUUGACACAGACCUUCCCUCUUUAAGGAGCGAGGAAUUUUCAAGAUGAAUUAUACCAAGUCCACCCCAUUGGCAGAAUCAACUGCAAUAGGUUUUACACCUGAGUUAGAAACUAUCCUACCUGUGCCUUCCAAUCAGACCACUUGUGAAAACUGGAAAGAGAUACAUCAUCUAGUUUUUCACGUAGCAAAUAUUUUUUUUGCAAUUGGGUUGGUUAUUCCAACUACUCUUCACCUUCAUAUGAUACUUCUUAGGGGGAUGUUAACUAUAGGAUGUACCCUUUACAUCGUCUGGGCCACUCUCUACCGAUGUGCCUUGGAUAUCAUGAUCUGGAACUCGGUGUUCCUGGGGAUCAACAUUUUGCAUCUUUCAUAUCUUUUGUACAAGAAAAGACCGGUAAAAAUAGAAAAGGAACUCAAAAGCAUCUACCGGAGAUUGUUUGAACCACUCCGUGUGCCUCCAGAUUUGUUCAAAAGAUUAACUGGACAGUUUUGCAUGAUCCAAACAUUGAAAAAGGGCGAGACCUAUGCUGCAGAGGAUAUAACCUCAGUUGACGACCGUCUGAGUAUUCUCCUGAAGGGAAAAAUGAAGGUCUCCUAUCGAGGACAUUUUCUGCAUAAUAUUUACCCCUGUGCCUUUAUAGAUUCUCCUGAAUUUAGAUCAACCCAGAUGCACAAAGGUGAAAAAUUCCAGGUCACCAUUAUUGCAGAUGAUAACUGCAGAUUUUUAUGCUGGUCAAGAGAAAGAUUAACUUACUUUCUGGAAUCAGAGCCUUUCCUAUAUGAAAUAUUUAGGUAUCUUAUAGGAAAAGACAUUACAAAUAAGCUCUACUCAUUGAAUGAUCCCACCUUAAAUGAUAAAACGGUCAAAAAGUUGGACCACCAGCUCAGCCUUUGCACACAACUGUCCAUGCUGGAAAUGAGAAACAGUAUAGUCAGCUCCAGCGAAGAUGAAGACGGCUUACACCAGUUUCUUCGGGGCACCUCCAGCGUUUCCUCUCUUCAUGUGUCGCCCCUACACCAGCGAGCCUCUGCGAAGAUGAACCCAAUAGAGGAAGGGAUGGAAGACGACGACGAGGUCUUUGAACCCGUGUCCUCGAAUACGCUUAAAGUUCGUCGCUGGCCUUGAUCCCAAGAGAGGAUUCAUGUUACCAAGAGGGAAACUGUCUGGAAGAGAUUCUGAAAAAUACCAGCACUUUUUCACAGCUUUUCAAUUGUUCUGCUUUAAUAUUGAUACUUCCAGCCUGGGAGAGUCCGAGGGCAGGAAAGGGAGGGAGAUUCAAAACAUGGGAAGGUUAUCUUCUCUUUUUACUGGUCAGCUUUCUGUUCCACUGAGCCUUCUGACUAAACCAAGUGCUAUUUUUGAGAGAUAUAUUUUCACAGUGUUUUCUAGAUAUGUUAUCAUUUAACUUAAAAAAAUCUUAGCGCUUUGUCAUUGCAAAUGCCUUCACUUAUCUUUCCGAGCUGUUCCUUUUCGUCAGAGACAGUUUUUUCUCUGCCGUGGCAACGGGGCUGUCCGUUUGAUAGUUUUAACAAACAAUGUAAGUUCGAAAUUGAGGCUGAGGUAACAUUAAAAAGCAGGGAAUCUCAGGCUUCGCUCAGUUGAUUUUUUGGCUGGAAAGUUUUAAAGAAAGGUGUGAUGCGAUGCAUGUAUAUUUUUCUCUCAGGCCAGACACAUCAUUCUACUAGACUGCCUUCCUUUUGUGGGCAUUGUGUGGAUAGCUUGAUAAUGAACAAAGCUCGUCAGACUUUGCUCACAUUACCCUUAUAUUAUGCUGUUUGGAAGCUGGGCUGAACCCGAAAGCUGGAAACGUAACAGUGGAAGCGGUUCUGAGCCCGGGGUCAGCCUUUGGCUAAACCAGCCCAGCUGUGAUGUGGUGCCGUCUCGCCCCACACUCUGCUGUGGGAAGCACGUUCCUUGGGGCAGGAGGACUGGAGAGUCAAGUGGCCAAACAAGUGUCGCAGAAUGACGAGGCUGACAGAGCCGCUGCACUCGUCAGCUGCUAUUCUGACAUUCAGAUGGUUCCUCCAGGGCCAUAGAUGUCUCCUUACUGUGUGUGCCAGGUACCAGGUGCCAGAGAUGCAAACAAGAACACAGCUGUGUGCGGGCAGACGGUCCACCACAAGCUCUGCCAUGAUCACCCAGCCUAGAUAGUGCUGUGAGGGCCUGCAUUCCAGACAUGGUGGUAUUUGGGCAAUUCGAAGUUUGCUUAAACCAUCCAGCGGGUCAGUGUGGCUGUGGCCCUCCACCAGGCCACCUAGCUGGGGGACGCCCCCUGAUGGGCCGUGCUCCAUCAUGCCCCACUACCUUUAUUUUGUGUCAUCCACUGGAACCAACUUUGAGUCAGUCCCAUUAUGUUAAAUAGCUAAGAAAAGUUUCAAGUGAAAUUAUUUUCAGGUGAGCUGAGCCAAAAGCAUCUUUUGCCAAGAGGUGAUUUCUGUGAGAGAAGAUAUAAAAAUAAGCUACUCCAGGGUCACCUCCUUUUCCUAAGCUCAUUUUUUAAAGCCAGUUAUUUUAGUAAUUUCACUUGAGUCAAAUUUACAUGCUUGGUCACUCACUGAGAAAAUUUCCACAGACUGGGUAUCCAGCUCCAAACGUAUUCAUCAAAUGUUGGCUUAUUAACCUCACGGUAGAAAGGCUGAUUUCACUUUCCUACUAUAGUGGUCUCUUCUGUUUGCUAAAUUAGAAAUUUAUUUGGGGAAAUGAAACAAAGGUGAAUGACUUUGCCUUGGCUUUAAGACUGUAAAGAUAUCAUAGGUUGAACUCUUUCUUUCAAUGCCCGAAUCAAGUAUAUAAGGUAAUGGUGUUAAUACUGCUUUCCUUUAACUAUUGGAGUGAAGCUAUGUAAGGCCAUUGAGUUUACACAUGCAUAAGACCUAAUUUACAAAAUCACUCUAUAAUUAGAUAUUACAGCCUCCUCUUGAGUAGAAAGUAAUUUUAGAUACUGCUAAAGCCAUGUUUUUAACGUUCUGUGAAUCCACAGAACCUUGAGAUUUUCUUACCCUGACCCAUCUUCAGGUUUGUCUCACUUUGUCAACCUCAGACAAGAGAGGGUGUCAUCUCUAAUGAUCAGCCUGGAUGUGUUUGGAGGUUAUUUUCUAUAGUGCUGGGAACAAACAUGUUUAAAAGCACACUGCUAAAAUUAGGUGAUAUGAAGUCAUUUACUGGUUUUAUUAAAAUGUGUGUGCACAUCAGUGCUAUUGAUAAGGAAGAUUGUAAUUUCAAGAUGAGGAAUCUUCAAAGAGCCAUUUAGCUUGAAUGGGAAACACGAAACUAUUUUUAAAUACAUCCCUCUAAGGACAACAGUUAGUCUCAGAGAAAAGGAGCUGAAGACAUUGAAUAGUCUUCCCACUAGACUUGACAGCAAAGAAGCAGAUAAGAAAACAUAAAAGAUCUCCUAUGGAUAAUUUUUAUAAAUUUAUGUAUACAAAUGACCAAGUCUAUCUUUGUAUAACGCACAGAUAAAAAACAUGUUUGCUGCCAAAGCCACCAAUGAGAUGCUUCCUGUGUUCUUUGGCCUUCACUUAGCUGUGUGACCAAGGUCCAGAAAAUGGUCUGCAAAAAUUAUUCUAUAUAUUAGCCCAAAUCUACUACGUUUAAAUGUAACAUCAAGUCCGUUGGAUGAAGCUGGACUGUAAUGUUUAUACCAGAAUGUAUGUCAGUUAUGAUAUUGUGCAAGCCCUCAUAAAUAUUAUAUUUAUAAAUUAAUAGCACAAACCCUGUGAUGUUUCUAGAUCUUAAAUUAGUAAUAAUGGGUGCUACAUAAUUAUUUUUCACUUACCAUCCUUAGCUUCCUGGGAUCUUUUCCGUUUCUCCCUAUGGUCCAUUUCACUUUAAUCAUUUUGUACCUUUGUGCUUUGCUGGAACACUAUGCUGUGCCCACUGGGAGAUGCCCACCUUCUUCGUGUCUGGUUCUCCUUCCAUAUGCCUGAAGCUUUUCUGAUUCUGUAACUUGGAGCUGCUGAUUCCUGCCUCCCAGGUCCUAUCGUGGCCCCAAAAGCAGAGUCACUUGGAUGCUGGAAAAAAAUAUUUAGGGAAAGUUGUGUAACCUACAUACUCUGCCCUGUCUCCACUGUACCCAGGUGAUGACCUUGCCCGCCAGUGAAGAUUUCAUGCUAGUGCAUGGUUGCUCCUGGCCGAGCUCUUGGGAAGGCUGGUCAGUCCCAACCCUUGGGGCUUGGUGCGGACUGUAAGGUACAGCUCCAAGGAUUCACUGUUGUUAUUAUUUUUAAAAUCCAUUUUCUUGGUCAUUUCUAAAGCCGCUCUGCAGAAACCGUUGACCCUACCAUGUUUCCCCUCCCUUCCCUCUUUCCAACCCUGGUUUCCCAACCUCUUUUUCUAAUUAUCCCCAACUACAGUGAUUAGAAAUUCCCACCCACUCAAUUCAAAUUCCCAAGGAUGUGAAGGGAGAGGACACUGUGCAGGGAACUCGAGGUUGCCAUGCACUUGGGACACAUCUUCUCCCUCAUUGUAGCCAUGCUCUGAUCAUCACAGCACCCCAAGUACCUUGUAUGUAACAACAUACUGUAAGGGAAAUUUAAGAAACCCGCUUUAAGUACUAUUUACAGAUUUUACCGAUAUACUUGCAAUCUAGUUUUAAAGUACACGAGGAUUUUGUGAAUGCUUUUUACAGACACAUUAUUUAUAGGGAUCGCAUUCUUUCUGCUUUUAGGUGCCAUUUACACUGAUACCAUUUUACGUUAUAAUAAAUUUACAUUUCGACUGAAUGGAGCCUUACAGUUUAAAAUAUCUUCAU